UAUCUUAUCAUCAUAUUAUCAAAUGUUUUAUGUGUGACACCUCUGACUUGGCUAGAUCAGAAUUAUGAAUAUGAAUGCAGAGGGAAUCCCAAGCAAAUGGAGCACUAAUCCCAUUAUGGUGACUUCAAAGCAAUCACAGUGUGUUUUACAGAGUUGUGUGAAGCUGAAGUUCAGGACCAUGAACAGCGACAGUCUGCUCGCAUCCUCGCGCAAGCUUAUGAUGGCUCUGUUGUUUCCUCAAUGACCACACACACACACACACACACACACCGGGGUAUGAGCAUCUCCUGUUGAGACUGACUGACUGCGCGUGCAGCUGGACUUCAGGAGAUUUUAUUGGUCGCCAGAUCUGACAGAUUGAGCUUCGAAACCUCCCUCGCACGAUUUGCGCAUACCAGGAAGACUGUAGUUUGAUCUCAACGAAUUUACCUGCAACAAAUGAAGACGGUACACUAUGUUCUUCUCCUCAGAUCUCGAUUACUCAAGGUCACAUGAACCGAGAAGCCCCUCAGACUGAGCGUCAAUACCGAUGCACUGAAUCGCGCAACCUGUUCGAGCUCAUCUGAAGAUGAAGAUGAAGAAGCAGAACGUGCGCACGCUCUCGCUCAUCCUCUGCAUGUUCUCGUACCUGCUGGUGGGCGCCGCGGUCUUCGACGCGUUGGAGUCCGAGACCGAGAGCGCGCGGAAACGCUUCCUGGAGCAGAAGCGCAGCGACAUGAAGAGGAAGUAUCGCUUCACUGAGGAAGACUAUCGGGAGAUCGAGCGGGUAGUGCUGCAGGCGGAGCCCCAUCGCGCCGGCAGACAGUGGAAAUUCGCUGGAUCUUUUUACUUUGCCAUAACUGUCAUCACCACGAUAGGUUACGGCCACGCCGCCCCCGGCACCGACGCAGGGAAGGUCUUCUGCAUGUUCUAUGCCGUUCUGGGCAUCCCUCUGACACUGGUGAUGUUCCAGAGUCUGGGUGAGAGGAUGAACACGUUCGUCCGCUACCUCCUCAGCCGCGUCAAGAGAUGCCUCGGGCUUCAUCGCACAGAGAUUUCCAUGGAAAACAUGGUUUUGGUGGGUUUCUUGUCUUGCCUGGGAACUCUGUGCGUGGGAGCCGCUGCCUUCUCGCACUUCGAGGGCUGGACGUUCUUCCACGCGUACUACUACUGUUUCAUCACUCUCACCACCAUCGGCUUUGGGGACUUCGUGGCUCUUCAGAAGAAGGAGGACCUUCAAGAAAAGACACCUUAUGUGGUCUUUAGUUUCAUGUACAUCCUUGUGGGCUUGACGGUGAUCGGCGCGUUCCUCAACUUGGUGGUGUUGAGGUUCCUCACUAUGAACAGCGAGGAUGAGAAGCGGGACGCUCAGGAACGAGCCUCACUGAAGAGGGGUCGUAACCUCACAGCCAUGAAAUCUGGGCGGGAUAAUCACUGCCAUAGCAACCUCUUCUUGCCCAUGGAGGAGGGCACCAGCUGCACCAACCUCAUCCUGUCGCCGGCCGAGGAGCGCGAGCUGUACUCGCCCCUGCCGCUACACGCAAACCAGCGCCGCUCUCGGUCUCAACUGAGCCUGCUGUGUACCUGCGUUUGCUAUCACUUGGGCUUCUGCAACAGUCCGACCCCGUCCCAAAACAAGUGUGCUGAGUGCAACAUUAACUCGGUGUACUACAACUCUGUUUCCUACAGGAUACAAGGGAACUCCUCAACCAGGAACAAUACAGUUGUUUCCUCUCCAGGCAGCACACUUUCUCCUGGACUCAGCUUCAAAGAGCUGCCAGGCGUGCGGAGGAAGUCUCUGUAACUGGUGGGCUGUUGUCUGCUUCAGAUAGUGAGUAUACUACUGACAAUAUGCAAAUGUUUGAAGUAUUUUUAAAACUGUUAAAAAUGAAUAAGCAUGUCUUUUCAAAGGACACCAAUCACAUACUUUGAGUUACAGGAGAUGCACAUGAUAACAAUCUCUUAAAAAACACUGGGCAUUGAAAACAUCCGUCAUCAAAUACCUGUUGCAACACUGCCAUAUUUUAGGGUGACGGGCACAGUACGCCCUAAAAGAACAUUACAAACACUGAUGAAUAUCUGUUUUAUCUGGAAGUCAUGUGGCUUGUUUUAGGGGUUGAACAAUGAAAGUGUAAAUAUACUUUGAUUAUCUCAAAUCUUUAGAUUUCCACUGUAAAAAACACACAAUGAUAGACCAGCCUCAUGCAAGCAAUUUGCCUUAUAGUGUUUUUACAUGAUAUCCGAAUGUGUACAGUAAAAGUCGGUAGGUGUAAUUAAAAGUGUGGGAUUUACUAAGAGACAAAUCUUCUCACCAUUGUGCCUUUGAGCAAGACACUGAACCGCUGGUCACAUCGAGGAGCACUUACUGUAUGGUAAUUCAUAUGUUGCAUUUUACUAUUCUUCUGUGGGCAGAAACAGAUAUCAGUUUAAUCAGUAUUGAUGUACCCAUUGAUGUUGGGAAAAUCAUCUUUGGUUUCAGUAUUGAAGUAUGUGCAUGUUAUGGUUGUUUUGCAGUGUUUGCACAAUAUAUAAUAAAAACCUUUGGCUGUGCUAA